AUGGGCUGCUGCAAUUCGAAGGAAAAAAAACCGACUCCGGUUGCUCCUGCGCGGGUCGCCCCCAUCGAGAAGGCGCCGCCGCCUCCCGUUGAGGCACCGGAGGAAGUUGUCGUGACUGUCACGGAAGAACCCAAGGCGGCGACGCCACCGUGGAUAGAUCGCUUGAUGCGAGUGGUGACGACAAAGAUGUCAGUGUACAGGUAUGCGAAGUGCGGCGUGGAUGGUGAGCCAACCUCGUUCUUCCCUCCACGGGGACUCUGUCACCUUCUUGAGCAGGGCGACACGUGGCUGUUGUACAACGACACAAUGAACUACGAGAUGCAUGUGAGUUACCAAUUUAGCCCGGACGCCAACGUGACUCCGCUCGGUCGCUCCACAAAACACAGUGAGGAGGAUGGUUCGACCGUUGUCUCUGUGGUGGUCUAUCCUCUUGAGACGGUGGAGUUUGUGUGUGGAGAAAAGGGAACCUACAAGUCGGAUGUGUCUGCCCAGGCACUCUCCGACGAGUACCGGCAGAACCUGCAGAUCCUUACCAAGGCAGCCACGGAGGAGCUGCAACGCGUUUCAGAGCUGGCGAGCAGUCCUUUGGACGAUGAGGCUCUGCUUUUGAAGUGUCUUGAAGCAAUGAUUCCAUAUGUUGACCUGAAAUUUACGCCCUCUGAAACCAUGCUCUGCCGUCCUAAUGUCGAUGGUCGCUUCAUUGCACCGACGGAGAUAAGGCGGGCGACGGAAUGCCACGGCGUAAACCCAAAUGCGGUGGACGCUGUCCGUGGCGUAGUUGUCCCGCACUGCAUUGAUUCUGGGUUUCUUUGCGAUCAUUGGCUCAUGUGCGCCGUGACCGCCCUGGCGGAGAAUGAGGAGCGUGUGAAGGAGAUUUUUGCGCUCUGCACCCCGGAGGAAAGGCGGUUGGGUGCGUAUCGUCUCCUGCUUAACAAGAACGGCUGGUGGAAGCCGGUCCUGGUAGACGACUUUCUACCCACCGUCAAUGGUAUACCGUGCUUCGCACGCGUGCUGGAUGACCCAUCUGAGUUGUGGGUCUCACUACUGCAGAAGGCGUACGCCAAGUUGCACGGGUCGUACGCCAGCAUAACAGGCGGGGAUGCCUCACAUGCGUUACGAGACUUUACAGGCGCCCCAUCGUACCGGUUUGAUGGGGCCUGGAUGGACGCCACCCAGCAGGAUUCGAAGAAGAAGGAGCUGCUGGAUAAACUUACACGCUACAUUGAUGCUGGUAACGUUGUCCUGCUGAACACCCCCGCAGCGAAGGCCGGCACGGAGGGUGCAAGCAACGGGCUGAUGGCUGGCUACACGUACUACCUGAAGGCGGUACACCAGUUCCCAGACCUUGGCGUCACGCUGCUAAACCUUCGUAACCCGUGGAAUCCCGUGGAGCCGUGGACAGGGGAGUGGUGUGCGGGCAGCAGCAUGUGGGACACAUACAAUGAGGUGCAUCUUGGAUGCAACCCGGACUUUUCUGUCAAAGAUGGCUCCUUCUGGAUGGAGUGGGCCGACGCCUCCAAGCAUUUUGACGGAUGCAGCGUCGUGUUGCUCUCGCGGGAGCCAGUGUAUGACUAUCGUGUGCGCGGUGAGUUCAGCUACGUGCAGCCCAGUGUCGUCUUCAUGGUGCGUGCUGCCGAGCCCGUAGAGGUGAUGCUUACUCUCACGCAACAGGAUAAACGGGGCGUGCCGCUGGAGAUGCCGGAUGCAAAACUUUCGCCCAUGAUGCUCAGCGUUUCACGUGGUGAGGGAAACAAGCAGCGGGUGGACAAGAACAGCUCGAGCGAUCCGGAGGCGCCCAGUGAGGCGUUCACGUUUGUUGUUGCUCGCGAAGUUGCCAUGACCUACACCUUUGAGCCGAGUGAUGAGCCAUACUUUGUUGUCCCUCGCAUUCACCGCAAGGGAACCUCGGAGGGACGGCAGAAGGAGUUCGUCCUCGGCGUGCGCUCCGCCACGCCACUGGAGGGCAAGUUGGACAUUCAGUUCACGGAAAUUGCCGCCACCAACCCUGUCCUGCACAACCGCGUGGUAUUUGUUGUUGAGGACACAGCGGAGGUAAUUCGCCCGCUGCAGACGAAACUGCCGGGAGAGGCGGUGGCGACGAGCGCCGGCAGCAAGCUGUCCACCGCGACGAUUCUGGAGAGGCAACACACGCCUCUGGAGGCGGAGGCGGAGGAGAAAGAGGAGAAAGAGGAAGAAGUGAAGGAGGAGGAAGAGAAAGAGGAGGAAGUGAAGGAGGAGGAAGUGAAAGAGGAGGAAGUGAAAGAGGAGGAAGUGAAGAAGGAGGAAGUGAAGGAGGAGGAAGUGAAGGAGGAGGAGGCGCUGUGA